GAGUUGGCAAAGCGUUUGCGCUGGUUAAUUACACGAGUUGGAAAAUAACUUGAAUUAAGAACAAUAGUUGUCGAAGUGAAAUUGAGUGAACGGGUGUUUAAUUCUCGUGUUCAUUGAAAGUUUCUACUACGCGUGGCAAUUUAUAGUUUUAAUUUGUUUAGUUUGUGACAAUACUUUUUAUGGAAAAACAACAGCUGAUGGAAGUUUUUUACAAGAUAUGAUAAAUAGAGAUUUAAAAUGUCGACUGCCAACAACACCGGGGAAAAAUCGACUAGCAACUCUCAAUCAGACACGCUAGUGCCUCCUUUGAACGCACAAUGUUCAACAUACACCUUUCCGGAGCCGAAGCGGUCUCCCGAAACGAGAGGCCACCUUCGUAGCGUCAGCCACGGAGGUGGCACGUCUGUGGGUAGCAACUCGGCAGUUGUAGUAGGCCGAUCCGCCCUGAAAGGAGCUCGUGGCCACCAAAGGGCGCUAUCUCAGGGACAAAUGUUCGAUUCGAGUGGCCCGCCUCACAAACCGGGGCAUAGUAGGGUUGGAUCCAAGACAGAUUUCAUCUUGCCUCCCGGUCAUAAGGAAACCGAUGCGACACCAGCACCUAGAGGUUCGAUUAAGUCCGGUCAUUCUCGUCAGGCUUCCAGAUCGGAUUCAAUUUACACCUUGCGAAGAUCUGCACCACCGCCUUUAUGGAGGCGAAUCCUGUGUACCAUCAUCCGCCGCUCACCGAAAAACGAUGAGCCUGAAGAACGGUACCGCGUAGUUGUUCCCAAUCACCUUGUGCCCCCGAAAACACCGCGAAAAGAACAUCCGAACGGCCGCAGACCAGACAAUCGUAUUAGGACUACAAAAUAUACGCUUCUUUCGUUUUUACCGCGUAAUCUACUAGAACAAUUUCAUAGAGUUGCAAAUUUGUAUUUUAUUUUUAUAGUUUUGCUCAAUUGGUUCCCGGCUAUAAACGCGUUCGGGAAGGAAAUCGCUAUGAUACCGGUUAUGUUUGUCCUCGGAGUGACAGCUGUCAAAGACUUGUUCGAAGAUCGUAGAAGACAUAGUAGCGACAAACGGAUCAAUAAUUCAACUUGUAGAAUAUAUAACAGUGAAGCCUGUCGUUAUAAGAAAGUAUUGUGGAAGGAAGUGAGAGUAGGCGAUUUAAUACAUUUAUCGAAUAAUGAAGUCGUACCGGCGGAUAUCUUGGUACUUCGUUCGAGUGAUGCUAGUGGCCUAUGUUACAUCGAUACCGGUCAUUUGGAUGGAGAAACGAACCUCAAACAGAGGCAAGUUGUUCGAGGUUUCGUUGAAAAGCAAAGUGUCUUUGAACCUAGUAAAUUUCGGAGCUCAAUCGAAGUGGAAGCGCCUACUACAAAAAUUUAUAGAUUCCAUGGUGCAAUAGUACACCCUAAUGGAAGUAGAGUACCCGUUGGAACUGAUAAUUUAUUAUUAAGAGAGUGCCUUUUAAAAAAUACUGACUUUGUGGAAGGAAUUGUGGUUUACGCAGGUCAUGAAACUAAAGCGAUGUUAAACAAUGGUGGACCUAGAUAUAAGCGAUCUUCUGUAGAGAAACAAAUGAACCAAGACGUUAUUUGGUGUGUUUUUAUUUUAAUAUUUAUGUGUGUGUUGGGAGCCAUAGGUUGCAGACUUAGUGGCAAUACGGAAAGUGAAUCCUUUUUAGCCUUUUGGACAUUCAUUAUUAUUUUACAGAUCAUGAUUCCUUUAUCUCUAUACGUAACUCUAGAAAUGUGUAAGAUAAUUCAAGUUUACCACAUUCACCAUAAUGCUGAUCUCUACGAUCCGUUAACAAACAAGAGGACUGAAUGCCGUGCCUUAAAUAUAACAGAAGAACUCGGUCAAAUCCAGUAUAUUUUUUCUGACAAAACUGGUACUCUGACGGAGAACCGCAUGAUAUUCCGAAGAUGUGCCAUAGCCGGUAUUGAUUAUGAACACGAUCUACUCGAAAAUGAAACAGCUGGAAACCCUGAGAAAUCGAUCCUAAAUUGCUCGGUUGCAGUUAACAGUCGAUUAGUGUCUGACUUGCAGUUGGAAGGGAUCUUUUCAGAUGUUACCAAAUCAUACCAUUCUGCUAGGAUUCAAGAGUUUUUAUUAUUAUUGGCACUCUGCAAUACUGUAGUUUGUUCAAAACAUCCUCAUCAUGAUCUCAUGAACGCCAGUGGUUUUAUCGAGGAAACUCCGUAUGACAAAUUAGAUCAAAACUCUAGCGAGAGCAGCUCCACCAAUACGGCUACGCAAUCACUGUCAUCAAACGACAAGUACUCACGUCUGGAAGAAUCACGUUCGGUAACUCCCUCUCCCCCUUUAAAUACAUAUUUAUUUGAUACAAAGAGACUUCAGCAUAACCCUACGCUUUCGCCUAUAGAUUCUAUAGAAUCGUCGCCGUCUUGCGAAGUUCCUACAAUCGAAGCCACAUCGCUGCCGAAGGUUCCACGACCGAAAUUGCUCAAUAUGCCUAUCGUAGGUUUUCUGAAGAAAUGCACCAAUCUGACCGACGAGCAAAAGGUAAAAUUAAACGCGUCAACGACUCCGUCUCCCUUUGAUCACAAACCAAUUUUUGAAGCGGAAAGUCCCGACGAGUUGGCGUUAGUGGACACGGCGUACAAUUAUGGAACGCGGCUAUUGAAAAGAACUCCGACGUCUGUUUGCGUAGAAGCGGCGGAAAACGGAAAGAUGCACUUCGAGAUUUUAAACGUGCUGCCCUUCGAUUCCGUAAGAAAAAGAAUGAGUAUAAUUGUGAGGCAUCCGCACACGAAACAGAUAAUUUUAUACACUAAAGGUGCCGAUUCUUCCAUAUUACCGCAAUUAACUCCGUUCGAGGAUGAUUCGGAACAGACAAUGAUAAUCAACAAGACUCAACAACAUCUAAAUAAUUAUUCGAGGGAAGGUCUUCGUAUUCUAGUAAUGGCAAAGAGGAUUCUGGCUCAACAUCAAUACGAUGAGUGGAAUAGAAAGCAUCAAGACUUAGAACUUAGUGUAGAUAAUUUAGAACGAAGGAUAAGAGAUAGCUUUAAUAGUAUCGAAACAAAUUUAACAUUACUAGGAGCUACAGGAAUUGAAGACAGGCUGCAAGAAGGUGUUCCGGAAACCCUUUCCAACCUCAUGGCAGCCGGUAUCGUCAUUUGGGUACUUACAGGCGAUAAACCUGAAACUGCAAUAAACAUUGCCUACUCAGCGAAAUUAUUUUCCCCGCAAAUGGAACUGCUUAAAAUAAUGGCGCGAUCCAAGGAAGCCGUUGAGAAUACCAUCCAUGUGUAUCUGGCCGAUAUAGAGCGCCAAGAAAGAGAAAUGGGAGAACUACAAUCUGAUACUAAAAUAAGACCAUCGACUAGCGCCAGCGCAUCUCAGCCACCCAUUAAACCUAAGAGUAGAGCUUUAGCUGUAGAUGGAAAAACUUUGACUUUUAUUUUAGAUAAGAGAGCUAAUUUAACCAAGCCUUUUUUAAAAUUGACGACUUACUGCAAUUCUGUUUUGUGUUGUAGAGCGACUCCACUACAAAAAGCUUAUAUAGUUAGGGUAGUAAAAGAAGAGCUUAAGAAAAGAACGUUAGCGAUAGGAGAUGGUGCCAAUGAUGUGUCGAUGAUUCAAACAGCAGACGUUGGAAUAGGUAUAUCCGGUCAAGAAGGAAUGCAAGCCGUCAUGGCUGCAGAUUUCGCACUGUCUAGGUUUAAAUAUUUGGAGAAUUUCUUGUUGGUACACGGCCAUUGGAGCUAUGAUAGGCUUUCGAGAAUGGUGUUGUACUUCUUUUAUAAAAAUGCUGCCUUUGUAUUCCUGUGUUUCUGGUACCAAAUGUACUGUGGAUUUUCUGGUACAGUGAUGAUAGACCAAAUGUAUCUUAUGUUAUAUAAUUUAUUAUUUACUUCGCUACCUCCUUUAGCCAUUGGUGUUUAUGAUCAAGACGCCCCUCAAGAAAUCCUUUUAAAGAAUCCCUAUUUAUACAGAAGAGGGCGUUUAGGAAAAGUUUAUAGAUCGUUUUCGUUUUGGUUCACGAUGUUGGAUGCACUGUAUCAGAGUACAAUUAUAUUUUUUAUAUGUCAAUACGCCUACAGCGAUACCGACGUCGAUGUGUUCGAAUUCGGAACUACAGCGACCACGUGUUGUAUGUUUGUGAUGCUUUUACAUGCUUCCAUUGAAAUGCGUUCCUGGACACUUCUCCACAUAGCGUCAAUAGUUUUAUCAAUAGGAGCUUUUUAUUUGUACUCAAUAGUCUACGACACCUACUGCAUAAACUGCUUUGGUUUACCGAGCACCUAUUGGACAAUCCAGAUGGCCAUGGUGAAGCCUAAUUAUUGGAUGGCCACUGCAUUGUCUUGCGUAGUGGCGAUAUUACCAAGAAUCCUAUAUAGAAUAAGCGAAACUGUGUUGGCGCCAGAUGACAUAAUCCAAGCGCUCAUUUACGAAAAACGAGCUUCGAGAAGAGGUGAGACGUUUUUGGUAUCUUGGUCGCGAUCGACAUCUUCGUCCUCUAUAUACAGGUAUCGAGCAGUGUGAUUUAUUUUUAAAUUACCCGCACACUGCUUUAACUCUACACCCUAUUGUGAAAUAUACGUAGGUGGCAUAUUUGAAAGCAUGUAUGGUUCUUUCUCUCUAUCGUAGUAUCGUACAUUCGAUAAUGAAUAAAAGUUACAUACACUUUAAUUUCAAAUUAAUACAUUACUUUCAAAACU